GCAUUUGCGGGAGCACUUUACGGGUCAAGUGAAAUGGCACCUUUCUGGAUGACAUGCCAGGCACGUGCUUCGAAUCAAAUGACUGAAGUGAUCAAUCAGAUUUACAUUUCAACGUUUUUCAAUCGUAGUAGCAAACCAUUCUUGGCGCAGAUGGUGCGCAAUAUCAAGGAAGCAUUCGCUGAGAUGAUACGGAGUGAAGAGUGGAUGGAUGAACCAACAAAGAAACUGGCACUGCAAAAGGUCGAAACUCACUUUUAA